AUUCAUGUACGUGUGCAGCAGAGAACUGAGUCAGUCAUGUACGUGUGCAGCAGAGAACUGAAAUUCAAUCAAAAGAAAUCCACAAUAAGCAAAUAGAUAAAGCGAUUACUACCGUGAAUAGACAAAUGUGUUUUAUGAUUUAAUUUCCUCUUUAUUUUUAUUUUUUCAAAAUUAAAUGAUAUCAUGAAAUCAAUAUGCGAUAUUUUUAUAUUAUGACAAUGUGUAUUGAAGUGGGAAUUCCCAAUUUGAAUUGGCUUCCUGGAAGUAAUUACACAACACUGUAUUGUAUAAUAUCAGCAGUUCAAAUUCAUGUUACGAUGAACUUUUCUAUAAUUUCAGCCAUAAUAAUGGUUGUAUGAAGAACUGACAUGAAUUAUACAAUUUGUGGUAAAAGGAUUUUGAUUGUUCGUUAAAUGAAGAUGAGGAGAAAUGGAUUAACUUUAGAGCAAUGUCGAAAUCUGAAAGGUGUACAUCCAGAUACAAAUAUAGUUGAACUGAAAUUUGCUAUAACAUUGAAUAUCUGCACAACACUUGAUGGAAAUCCAAAGACAUGUAACUGGAAAGAGUUUUUAGCAAAAGCUUCAGAAUUAAAAUCAAUUUACAAUGUAAGUACUAUAGAUGUCAAUCAUUUCUCAAGGAGCAAUAGUCCUAGUGAAACAAUGCUAUGGAGAUUGGGCUCUUAUGGAAUGGUAGCUUUUGAACUUGUCCAUUUACUCGACCAGUUACGGCUAGAAAGUUUACUGAUGGACAUCAAAGAAUAUGAACCUAUUGUAAUCACUAAGCAACCACCAUCGCAUAAAACAAUUAAUGAGGGAACAGCCUUACAUCUUCACGUAGAAGGGAAAGGAUUUCCUUAUCCAAGAUACCAAUGGUUUAAAAACGUCGGCGGUGAAUGGGAGAAACUACGAGCUGAAACUAAUAAUAUUUUCAAAAUAGUUAUUGCAAGGCAACCAGAUAAUGGCACAUACUGUUGUAGGCUUCAUAAUGGCAAUCAACGGCAUACAGUUUUGUUCACAUCUCGAACCUCGGUAUCGGUGACACCACCUAUAGAAGAAGAAAAGGAUGUUAUUUUGUAUGAUGUUAGUUCAUUUCGUGAAGGACAGGAAAACACAGAAAGCACUGACACAUCUGCAAAGAAAUUUAUGCCCGAAGGUUCAAGAUUUGAACCAAAAGCAAAGGUGGCACUUAUCAUUGGUAAUGCCGACUACCUAGCAGACAAACCAUUGUUCAAUGUACCACAGGCAGACGUAGAAUUAAUGAAGUCUACAUUUGAAGGUCUUGGUUUCCGGGUAUUUUCUUAUCUAGAUUUAACCAAAGCAGAAAUGAAAUCAACGAUAGAUUGGUUCAUUGAUGUUGUAAAACAAAUUGGAAAAGAUGUGUACAUAGUAUUUUGCUUUUUUGGUCAUGGUUUUGAAGAAUCAAGGAAAUGCCAUCUCGUGCCAACUGACGCUGUGCAUGGAUAUACGACAAACGAUUGUGUUUGUGCUGAUGACGUUUUGUAUAAAUGUCAACGACAUAUUGAUCCAGCUCUACUGGUUAUGGUCUUAGAUACAUGCAGAAUACGAAAUUCUAAUGAAAACCCAAAUCGACAGAUUGCUAAAUCUCAGGCCUUUGACAGUCUAAAUGAACCAGCAACAAAUGGGAACACAGUUGUUUUAUAUUCUACGAGUAGAGGAAUGUCUGCAUAUCAGAAUAAUCAAAAUGGACUUUUGGCAAAAUACUUUAACCAAAGAAUAAAGCAGAAAACCGAUGUAACUAGUGUUAUGCAAAAUGUGCUAGAAGAUCUGGGAAAGGAAAUGAAGAAAUACAAAGAAAAUCAAACACCACAGUUCACGUCAACACUAAACGAACCAAGAUCAUUUGCUGACAUAAUUCGUCCUUGCAUUGAAACAACAAAAGUGUAUGACCACAUUGAUGGUGUUUUCUCACCUCCUCCUUCAAGAGAAGUCUUUGUACCUGGAGCCAAUAUCAAGUUGUCUAUGGAAUGUCAGGCAGACACCCUUAACAUGAUGACAAUGUAUAUCAACACUAGAAUAAUAAAAGAAUGUGACACUAUUUUAUUAGAUGACAUCGAUAUUGCUGUGGAAAACUUUUCAUCAAAUUUUAAGAUAAAAAGCGUAUCUAUGGUCAGCGGAAGAGGAAAGUUUGAGAUAAAAAAUAUUCAAAAACUUCAGGAUGAUAUGUUGUUGAAGAUUAUUGUGUGGAAUAAAAAAGCAAAUGAUUUAAUCGGAGAUGUGGAUAUAAGCCUGGGGAAACCACUUAUAUCAAAACUAGUCAUAAGGAGAGAUAAAUUAAGUUGAUUAGUUUUAACGAAGAACUUACUAGAGAAUUAAAUAUGACUCCU